UGACAGCCUGGGUUACACUGCAGCAUCCGGGUACUUUGCCUCUUCCUCUUCACCAUCUUCCUCCUCUUCCUCAGACCGCAGUCCGCCGCGGCUCCAGCUCAGGUUCGGUUCGGUUCGGUUCUCUUCUCUUCGUGUUUCCUGUCGGUGGAUUUUUGAAGCGUGGACGCGGCCCGGCUCGUGCAUGUGUCGGUAAAUCUGACAGACGUGACGUCAGCGUGUCGGCGCUUUGAUGUUUGAUGAGACGCUGGUGGCUGCGGAACGUUUGAUCUUUUGUUUGUGUUUCCUCUUUGAUGUUGCGGGAUUUUGCUGCGUUCUGAUUGGCUCCUGCCUUCUGAUCCAUCAGUCACGUGACGAUUAUUGAUUAUUGUUUGUUCCGAAAUCAGCAGAUGGUUGAUGUAUCUGCUUCUCUGAUUGGCUCAUUCUUUCAGCUCAGGAGUCAAUCAGGAAGCAGAACAUUAAUCAGUGAGUCCUUCAGAACCGGUUCUGGCUGAGCUCGGACCUGCACUGAAACGGUUUGGACCUGGUUCUGGUUCUGGUUCUGGGGAGCUGCAGAAUCGGAACCAACAGCAGCAGGUUGGGACUUUCAGCCUGCAGAAGCUGCUGUUCGGUCCGGACUCUGCGCUGGUUCUGGUCGGGUUCUCCAGAACCAUGUCGGUGUCUCCGGGCCUCGCCGACCUUUCCCGCCUCUACCAGACCGAGUUCGUGCGCAGCGCGCGCGCGGUCGGCGUGCUGUGGGCCGUGUGCACGCUCUGCUUCGCCAUCAUCCAGGUGGUCAUCCUGGUCCAGCCGUCCUGGGUCGGAACCACGGCGUCCGGGACGCAGCGGGCCGGGCCGCCGCUGCCCAGCGGAACCAUGGGGCUGUUUGAGGUCUGCCUGGAGUCCGACUGGCCGGUGCCGGACUGCCGUGGCGGUCUGUCCAGCCUGUCUCCGCUGCCGUCCUUCCAGUCGGUGGCCGUGUUGGUGGGCGUGUCUCUGUGGGCGGUGUGGACCAGCGUCCUCUGUCUCUGUCUCUUCCGGUUCUGCAGCGCCGCCACCGUCUAUAAGAUCUGCGCCUGGCUGCAGCUGACAGCAGGCUUCUGUCUCGCCCUGGCCUGCCUCCUGUUUCCCGACUCGUGGGAGAGUCCAGAGAUGAGAGUUCUGUGUGGAGAUUCGGUAAGAACGUUUUAUUUUCUUCUUUACAUCAAUAAAACAUCGUUACCAUGGGAACAGGAAUCAAAGCUGCCAUUAAGGUUGUGCAGAAGUUCCUGUAUCUGUGGACCAGCAGCCUGGUUACCAUGGCUAUGCUCACUGCUGGUGUCAGGAUCCAGGUUUAGGCUCCGCCCCCUUCCCCAGGUGGGCAGCUUCUCUCCAGGUAACUGCUCCAUCCACUGGGCCUACAUCCUGGCGCUGCUGGGCAUCUUGGACUACGCCAUCCUGGCCACGCUGGCCUUCGUCCUGGCCAACCGGCAGGACGCCCUGCUGCCGCCCGACGCCCCGGACGUGACCGCCGGCCUGCUGAUGUCCGCCUGAGGAGCGGCUGGAUCAAACGUGGACCGGAUGUGAGCUUUUAUUGUGAAAGCGGCAGGUGAACGGGUGAACCAUAAUGUCUUGAGCGUCGCCACGUGGACAUCUUGUGCGGGCGGCUGGUCGAAGAGCCGGCUGCAGUUAGUUUGGGUUAAUUUCAUGGUUUUAAGUUGGUGUAGAUAAAAUAAUAAUGUAAAAGUUAAAAUAAUGUAAAAUAUUUUAUGUUUAUUAAAAGUUGUACAAAUGUU